CAAAUCAUAACCUAAUUGGCAACGUAUAGAUAACGUUUGUUUGUUAAAAACUUAGAGGUUAAAAAUAUAAAAAUUGCGCUAUGUCGUACCUUAGUAGGAAAGAAGUUGACGAUUUAAAGCCAGCGAUUGAUAAAGCCGUUUUAAAAUUAUUGGGCGAUAACGAUUCAUCGCUGGUCAGUACCGCAAUUUAUUGUUUAAAUUCAGGUUAUGAUAAAAGAAAAACUGCUGAUAAACUUUCAUCUUAUGUUGAUAGCAAAAGAGCAACUAGACUUUCAGAGAAAAUAUUCGAUCUUGUCGAUGAUGCCCGCUCGUCGUAUAAGUCACGCAAACGUUCGAGGUCAAGGGACCGAGAAAAGGAACGAGACUCGAAAAGGAAUAAAAAUGCAAGAAAUUACGACAGUGACCGAGAGACGGACAAAGUCAAACUAUCCAGCAGUAAAAUUAAAGAGAUGAUGCAGAAUGCGCAAAAGCAAAUAGAGGAACGUAAGAAAACAUUAGAUACAUUACCAAGCAAACAAGACUCGCCCAAUGCUUCAAUUCCUCCACCGAGUAUAUACGGCAUUCCGAUGGGUUUAUUAAACCGGGGAGAUGCGGACAAAGCUAGAAAAAUCGCCCAGCUGCAAGCGCAAAUUAAAACUAAACUUUCAACUGGAAUAUUAGGAAAUGUGAUUAUUCAUGUGCCAACCGCUCCAGAAAAACCAACUCCAUUAAUUCUGGAUGACGAGGGUCGUACUGUUGAUAAAACAGGUAAAGCUGUACAAUUAACACAUAUUGCUCCUACUCUAAAAGCUAAUAUACGUGCAAAGAAACGGCAAGAAUUUAGAACACAGUUGCAUGAAAAAUUAUCUGACGACAACAAUGAACCGAAGUUUUACGAUAACCGUAUUGGAGCUAAACCGGCCAUGAGAAAUAAACGCACCUUGAGAUUUCACGAACCAGGCAAAUUCCAACAGCUCGCCGAGAGGUUACGCAUGAAAGCUCAGUUAGAGAAACUGCAGAAUGAAAUUUCGCAGAUAGCAAAAAAGACCGGCAUAUCAUCUGCUACAAAAUUGGCUUUGAUCGCUAAAUCUGAAGGAACCAAUGAGGACAUCCCCUCGAUGGAAUGGUGGGAUUCUGUCAUUUUAGAGGAUAAUUUGGACACGAUUAGGGAUGGAAAGAUAGCCAUUAAAAGUUAUAUUGUCAACACUUUGGUUGAACAUCCGACACAAAUGAGAUCUCCAACCGAUCCGUUGAGACCUGCGUAUAUGCCGGUAUUUUUAACAAAAAAAGAACGAAAGAAAUUGCGACGUCAAAAUAGAAGAGAAAUGUGGAAAGAAGAACAAGAAAAAAUCCGUUUGGGUUUAGAAGCGCCUCCUGAGCCCAAGUUGCGCAUAUCCAAUCUUAUGAGGGUUUUAGGAACAGAAGCUGUACAAGAUCCGACGAAAAUUGAAGCUCAUGUUAGAGAACAAAUGGCGAAACGUCAAAGAGCUCACGAAGAAGCGAACGCCGCAAGACAGUUAACUACAGAACAAAAACGGCAAAAAAAGAUCAGGAAGGUAAAAGAAGACACGUCCCUUGGCGUCUUUAUAUCUAUUUUUCGUAUUAGAGAUUUACAUGAACUAGCUUCGAAAAAGUUUAAAAUUGAAACGAAUGCGAAGCAGUUAUUUAUGACAGGUUGCAUCGUACUUUAUCCUGACUGCUGUGUUGUAGUAGUGGAAGGUGGUACCAAGCAACAAAAGAAGUAUAAAAAAUUAAUGCAGCACAGAAUUAAGUGGGAGGAAGAUAUAGUUAAAGACCCUGAUGGAAACGAAGUACCGAAUAAGUGUGUUCUGGUUUGGGAAGGAACAAGCAAACAACGAAAUUUUGGCGAAGUGAAAUUUAAGGCGUGUCCAACUGAACGAUUGGCUAGGGAGUAUUUUAAAAAACACAAGGUGGAGCAUUAUUGGGAUUUAGCCUAUAGCAAUGCUGUGUUAGAACCAACAAUUGAAGUAUGAUUAUGUGGUUAACUUAUAAUUUGUAUGUAAUUUCAUGAUGUACCGCUAUUUAUAAUACACAUACUGAUAUGCAAAUAAUAGAUAGACAAACAUUUUAUUUUAUGGCAUUAAAAAUACAGAAAUUGA